AGAAUAGCAUUCGAUUUCUAACCGGCAAUAUGUCGUCUUGGAAUAAAUAUUUUAUUCUAAAAUCAAGUACUGCUUCUCGAAUAAUCAAGCCGUCGACCGCUGGUCUAACGGGUGCAGUGGCAUGUGGCUUGAUACAACCAUCCAUCUUUCCCAUAAAAACUGCUCUUGGAGUUACUGGUUUUAAAUUGGCAGAAAUCAGCAUUAAAAAUCUUUUAGCUGCAUGUCUGAGCUAUCAAGGGUGGUUAACUCAUCCGAAAUCUGCGAAGACAAAGAUAUGGGCGUUUUGCCUCAAGUUGUUACAAUAUUUUUACCGUUCAGAAACUUUUAGCUAUCAGAAAUUACUUCCCAAACAACCAUUGCCUCCAUUGGAUGUUACUCUUGAUAAAUGGGCCGAUGUAAGCCAGUAUUUUGUCACUGAGGAAGAAUACAAAUCAACGAGAGACGCUAUUGAAUCCUUUCGUAAAAAUGAAGGGCCUAAAUUACAAAAAUAUUUGUAUAAGAGAUUUAAGACACUAGACAAUUGGGUAUCCAACUAUUGGAUUCAGGCUGCUUACCUCUCUAAUCGAAAUAGCUUAGCAGCGAAUAGCAAUUAUUCUAUUUCUUUUAAACUUACACCCGAAAGGACUCCCGAUUAUGUGGCAAGAGCAGCUUGUGUUGUGACUCAGAUGUUACGUUAUAAUGAUUAUAUGAUGGAGAAUAGAAUUAAGCCAGUAAUGCUCAUGGAUAUGGUACCUCUUUGUAUGGCCGGUUAUAGAUACCUUUACGGAACAUGCCGCGUACCUGGAGAAGAUAUCGAUAGCGUUGUUAAAGAUUCGUCCUCUAGUCACAUUGUUGUUAUAAGAUUGGGUCACUACUUCAAAUUGGAUUGUUAUAUUACAUGUAACAAUAUAAAACGAAGGUUGACCGCAUACGAAAUGAAGCAACAACUUCAAAAAAUAAUUGAAAAGGCUGAGAGUUUGGGUACUGCCAACCGAGCUGUAGCAUCUCUAACUGCACAAAACCGCUCUGUGUGGGCAAAAGAUAGAAAAGCAUUAAGCGUUUUGAACAAAGAAACUUUGGAUGAUAUUGAGAGUAGUUUGUUUGUUCUAAAUUUGGAUACUUAUCAACCUAAAACACCUGAUGACUUAUCCAGAAGUAUUCUUAUCGGUGACGGCUUCAACAGGUGGUUCGAUAAAGGCUUUAAUUUGGUCAUCUAUGAUAACGGUUUAGGAGGUAGCAAUGUAGAGCAUUCUUUUAUUGAUGCGUGGGUUUAUACAACUUUGGGAGAGUUUCUUUUAUGUAAUGAAUAUUAUGAAAAUGGCGAUGUUGUAAAACUGGAAAGCGAUGGCCAAACGAGUUUACAACCGCCUGUUGAACUAGUUUGGGAGUUAGAUGAUCAUAUGGUUAAUCGUGUUGAGUCAGCUCAAUUGGAAAUGAAAACAAUAAUUGAAAAUUUUGACCUUCGAUCUUUCUUGGCCCCUUAUAGCAAAGGGCAGAUUAAGAAAUUUAAAUUAAGUCCCGAUGGCUAUAUCCAAAUGAUGCUCCAACUGGCUUAUAAUAGGUUGCAUAAGCACACUCCAAAGACAUACGAGCCAGCUACUUCUAGAUUAUUCUUACUUGGGAGAACAGAAACAAUUCAUCCUGCAUCCCAAUAUUCCAGGAACUUUGUUUUAGCCAUGGAUGACAAAAAUUCAAAUGAUAAGGAAAGAAUUCACUUUUUAAAGGAAGCCAUCAAGUAUCAAGGACAAUUCCGUUUGGAUGCUACUAAGGGAGAUGGAUGCGAUAGACAUUUGUUUGCAUUAUAUUGUGCGUCAAGAGAGCUGGGUAUGGAUAUACCGCUUAUUUUUCAGGAUAAGGUAUCUUAUUAUUGUAAUAUAUUAAAACUUUAGUUCACAAAAAAAUUAUUUUUAUUCACAGGCAUUCAGUUCGCCAUUUAUUCUGUCCACAUCUCAGACUCCUACCCGUAUUGCUGAGUACGACCCACCAAAAUUUGAUAUUCCUUAUUCAGGCGGCAGUUUUGGACCAUCUUGCCACGAAGGAUACGGAGUUUGCUAUAAUGUAGUCACUGAUGAUUUACGUACGUAGAGACCUUCAUUUUGAAAAUCGAUUGUUAAAUAGUCUUUCUUUUUCUAACAGUACAUAUUAACAUCACUAGCUGGAAAGACUGCUCAACAACUAGCAGUGAAAAUUUGAUGAAAGAAAUUAACAAAGCUUUGCUGGAUAUGAAGAAAUUGUUCGUUUAAAUAUUUAAAUGCACUUGUCAAGUAGUUGCUAGUAACUUCGAUUAAUGCCCUGAUGCGUUUUCUGGACGCUAUGACGGCUGGAGUUGCUAUUAACUUUUUUACCUGUCACUUAGUAGAUACGGAAAUUUUAUUCCAAAUAUGAUUACAUAUGCAACGGUGAACGAGGCAUAAAUAAACUUCCAGUAAAUCUAGGAUCAUCUGGAUGUUUAGAACCAAAAGCCAAUUUUACGACAGCACAGUAGACCAUUUGACCGAUGACUGAAUGCGUUCGGGUCAAAGGAUGCUGUUCCACGUCGUACAAUUGAUCGGAACUUAGUAGACCGUAUCGUAUUCCAGACAGUAGUUCACUUUCAACGUCAUUAUCAAGUUGUCUUGAUUGAAUCAGUUUAACAAUAGUCUGCCACAGUUUGAAUUCGUCAAUGGAAGGUAAAUUAUCGUAAUGAACUAAUUGUAUUAGGACUUCCAUUGGUAGAGAAGAGAUAAAUGGAUCAUUUGAUGAUCUAUGGGCAUGCGACAAGCGACAAGCUAAAUUGUACUUAGCAGCUGAGGUAAUUUCAGGGCAGCACGCCGACCAGGUUGUUAACAGAUGAUAGAGAGUAUCAACAUCUAAAGUUUCAAUAGGUAGCUGUUGACCAUCACUAGUCAUUACUCUUAGGGCGUCCAAUAAAAAUCUGACGCAACCUUCCCGAAGGGAUGAAACGUCGUACUUGUCGGAUAAAACAAAUAGAGCCAAAGUAGUUUUCGAGCUCAGCCACACACUUCCUGUAUAGAAAAACUCUAGGAAGUUGCCAACAUGAGGUUGGCAUACCUCAUGCUCUUGCAAUCUUAGUUCUUUUUGACUCCUUUCAGCCCAUUGACCACAUAGAAGGUGUCGAAAUACUUCACUGUUGGCAGCCAAUAUCAGUUUAUGGACAUAAAACGAUUGAUUAGCAGACAGAACAACGAGGUCACUAAAAUCUGGCUUGUUAAAGAGUGAACCGACUGCAGGCUCCGUUUUAAAUUUAUAGGGUUUGGUAACAUGAAGCCGUUUUAGACAUAUUCUUGGUUUUAAGCGUUCUUCCAUCAUUUUCUUUAUCAAAUCCUGAUUUGAUGAAGAGUCUUGAGCAUAGUCAUGAUCUUCAUUCAUGAUUUUUCUGAAUAGUGGUUGAAAAAAUACUUAAAUCGUUCUGUCACAGAAUCCUCACAAUCCUUACCUAUGAGUUAUAUCCUUAUUUUAGUUAAAACAUUAGCAGUACUUGUUUAUAAAAAUUGCACCAGAAGGUUUCUAGAAAUUUUAAGUUUAUUUGGAUUCUAGAGUACAGGAAACGGAAUCGAAAAUUCUUCACCGGUUAAGAUCGGUUUCAUUAUGCUAAAAGGGUCAUGGUCACUCGAAGCGGGUAAAUUGGAUAAUUACAAAAUGAGUUUUUCCUACAGUUUUUUUAAAAUAAGGCUUUACA